GCUCUGCCACACUUUAAAUACUGCACAACACAGAACAAACAGUUAGGGAACCAAGAGAAGGACAUAGAAAGAUAUAAACUGGGCUGUAAUGAACAUUUAAUAGAAGAGAGAUGGAACUCUCUAGCUCAUUGGUGUUGGUUUUAGUCUUUGUUGUGUUGAUGUUGGUCAGAUGGAAGAGGAAUGCGAGUGGACUUUCUUUGCCCCCAGGCCCGCUAGCACUGCCACUGGUUGGAAAUUUGCCAAUAAUGGACAAGAGUGCACCCUUUAAAAGCUUUAUGAAGUGGAGUAAAACCUAUGGGCCUGUGAUGACGGUGUACAUAGGACUCCAAAGAACGGUGGUUCUGGUUGGUUAUGAUACAGUGAAAGAGGCUCUAGUGGACCAGGCAGACGACUUCAAAGACAGAGCACCCGUUCCCUUUCUGUACAGAGUUCUGAGAGGCUACGGUUUGGUCAUCAGUAAUGGAGAUCGUUGGCAACAGCUCAGGCGGUUCACUCUCACCACAUUGAGGGAUUUUGGAAUGGGACGCAAACAAAUGGAACAAUGGAUUCAAGAAGAGAGCAGGCAUUUGCUGGACAGUUUUGAAGAAACCAAAUCAACACCAGUCGACCCAACCUUCUUCAUGAGCCGGGCUGUGUCCAAUGUGAUCUGUUCUCUGGUGUUUGGGCAGCGCUUUGAUUAUGAAGACAAAAACUUCCUGCACUUGCUCCAGAUACUUUCCAGACUUGUUCGCUUUGUCAGCAGCCCUUGGGGUCAGAUGUACAACAUCUUCCCUAAACUAAUGGAGUUUUUGCCUGGUAGACAUCAUGCCAUGUUUAGAGAGGUAGAGGACAUCAAAGCCUUCAUUAUGACAAAAAUCAAGGAGCAUGAGCAGAAUUUAGACUUCAGUGACCCAAAGGACUUUAUUGACUGCUUCCUUAUCAGACUCAAAGAGGAAAAACAAAAUCCUGACACAGAAUUCCACAAGGAUAACAUGCUGGGGACUGUUGUAAAUCUGUUUGUGGCCGGUACAGAAACCACCAGCACAACUAUCAGAUAUGCCUUGAUGCUGUUGAUCAAGCACCCCCACAUACAGGGUAUGUUCCUAAGGGAGAUUGAUCGAGUUAUUGGACAGAACAGAAUCCCUACAAUGGAUGACAGGAAGUCCCUCCCAUUCACUGACGCUGUUAUUCAUGAAGUACAACGCUAUAUGGACAUUGUCCCACUAAAUGUUCCCCAUUAUGCCACGCAUGACAUCUCGUUCAGAGGUUAUUUAAUACCAAAGGACACCGUGAUUCUUCCCAUGCUGCACUCUGUCCUAAGGGAUGAGGGACAGUGGGAAACUCCUUGGACAUUUAACCCAGAGCACUUUCUGGAUGCCAAUGGCAACUUUAAAAAGAAUCCAGCCUUUUUCCCUUUUUCUGCAGGUAAACGCUCUUGUGUGGGCGAGUCUCUGGCUCGUAUGGAGCUCUUUCUGUUCAUCGUGUCUCUGCUUCAGAAGUUCAGCUUCAGUAGUCCAAAGGGUCCAGAUGGCAUAGACCUCACUCCUGAAUUCAGCAGCUUUGGCAACAUGCCUCGAUUCUAUGAUCUUAUUGCAUCCCCCCGCUGAGCAAAAUGGAUACUGCUACUUGUCUUAUUUUAAAAAACAAAUUGAGAACAAAUUGAUCAAAGCUACUUUAGGAUAUAACUUUUGUAUAUAAGAUUCUUUUUACAGCCUAUGUUGUCAAAAUUUCCACCAUAAAACUGAAAAGCAGUCUUGCAUUAAUGCUAUGGUGCAGAGGUUCUCAAAUUUCCAAGUACAACCUUUGAUCAUAUCAGAGCACCAAGUAUUACUUAAUCACAGGCUUAAGCUAGUCCUAGACAAAAUGCAUGUUUGAGCUGUUUCAACUGAAAGCAACUUGCACUGAUAUAUCUUAAAAUAUGCCAAUGUUAUUGUUUUGUCUCAAGAUGCACACCAGUAAUGCUUUUUUCUAGGGUACGUUUAAAAAGACGACUUAAAUACCCUAAUUGAACUAAGGCCUAAUCCUGGCUCAUCCAACUCUCUUUAAGUGCAAGCUUAAGAACAAUUUUUGCUGCAUUAAAAAUUAGUAGGCAAUUGAAUUAAAAAUUGAAUUACUUCUGUGUAUAAAAUUUGCUGUAUAUAGAAAAUUGUUGUGCAUUACCAUGUCUAAAAGUGAAUGAGACAAGAGAUAAAGCCUGGUCCCUGCAAAAUAAUAUAUUUUUACAUGACAGUGCAUGUAAACUAAAU